UGCCGAGAUCCGAUGCCGAACGCACGCGUUGUUUGUUUUUCCAGCGAUCUCACAAUAGAUGUUGGAUGGUUGUCUCCUUAGUUCACGAGUCAUUAUGGAGAUGCUACGGCUACAGACUAGCCCUUCCGGGCUGAUUUUACCCAGAUAGAUGCUCUACAAGCUCCAAGAAAAUCGAUAGCAGCGCCACGUGGACAACCAAACAGGGCGGCAACCGCCGAACAAUCUGAUCGUGACGCCAGCAUGGGGUCACCGCCGUUGGAGUCAUCGGUGACUGCUGUGCGCUGAGGCCUGUGGACAUCUGUAUCAUGACGAACUGCGAUCUGUCGUUUCAAACAGCGCGAUGCAAUGCCGGCGUGCACUGUCGGCGUUGACAACACUAUAUGAAAGGCGGACCGUGAGAUAUGAUCCCCAGGAAUGGAUCUGGGAUCCGGGGUGGCCACGGCCCCCAUCUCCGGUGACCAGCGUUCGCGGCAGUGAUUCGCGGAAAGAGCCCGUGUUUCGUGAGGGCUACGUUACACUCCUCCUGGGAAAGAUUCGGGACGAGGUGGCACGAGAGGGGAAACACCCAGUCACGUCACAGCUGUGAUGUCGUCGAUGUCGUCGUUGAUGUCCAUUCACAACCAGCCACCGGAAAAUGCAUCGGGCGCAGGUGGUCAGGGGGGUGGAAUCGACUCGAUAUCACUUGGACAGCUCAAGCAGAUAGUUGCCACCAUGCCCAAAGAGCGGCAAUGGUGGUAUGACUACAAGUACGACGACGAAGACACAGUCAUGAAUGAGAUCGACGAGUUCUAUUCUUACGUUGAGAUGCCGCAGGUCGCAGAAAAUCUGAGGGCAUGGGAGGGUUCAUUCUCGGGAGAAUGGACGAAGAGCCCGCUUGGAACGCGUCGCUCACACGUCGACGUCCUUCUCGAGAGUUUGGAACAUAAGAAUGCUGAAAUCCGGUUCACGAACGCACGAAGAUUGUUUUACAUCUUGCAAGGUCCGUCGUUGUCAGAUGCCCAUCUUACGCCCUGUCGAGCAAGAGAAACAGGGACUUUUGCGGAAACCGUCUCUCCGGAACAUCAGCUGCACUGGAUAUUCGAGAACUGCAAGAUCGUUCGGAACGCCAACGGUCUGAGCAGCAUCAUUGAAGCGCUCAAGAUCGCCACCUCGAAGCACGACUUGCUAUGCGGCCUUUCCGAUGCUGACGCCGAGCACAUUCACAUCUCGGCUGCCGAAAAGGCGGACUUUAUCGAGGAAGCUCAAACCGAGAUCUCCGUAUACCUCGGCAUGCUGUACCACCUCGUUGAGAUAUUCAAGGGCCAUGAUGAUUUUGCGGAUGAAUUGAUGAGCUUUGACCCGCCAUUGCCUGUAUACCUGUUCAGUGUCGUUGCCGGCUUGCGUGACAAAAGUGCCAAGGGAUACCCUGUAAAAAAGCUACUUUUGGUGCUUUGGAAGACGUUGCUUUCGUGUUGUGGGGGAGUCCGCGACCAUGCACGUGUGAAGAAAUUGGCACGAGAAUUGGGUGGCUUACCGGCAGUCUCUGAUGCAGAUGAUGCGCCGAUCAAGACAACACCAUUGGAUAUGGAGACUUUCCACCAAGAGACGACCGUCAAAUAUCCAACUUUCACACAGCACUCGGAGCACAUCGCAUUCACGGUGAAACCCGCCGAAAUCGCAGCGCCCAAACCUAUCACAAUCACGACUUCUCGGUUAGCACAAGCUUAUUCCCCGAUUACUGUGCGCCACCACUAUCAUCAUGAAGAACCCGAAGCCGGCCAAACUUCCGCGCAAUUCCAUCCGUAUCAUGCUACAGGCGCCCCUGGACGUAUUCCGCAGCCGGCGACACCAGCACCAUCUCCGCCUCCGAUACCCCAGAAUCAGCCUAAACCCAAGAAGCAACAAUACCAGACAGAUCAGUCGCGGCCGUUUUUAUUUCCGUUUGGGAUGAGCGGACCGACAAGACUCGACAAAGAUGCGAGGCUAGUGCCGUUUGCGGUCGAUGAGGCCGAUCGGCUCUAUCAUAAGCAUAUGUACGUCAGCCUGGCCUUAUGGCAGAUGUAUCGGACCCGACAGGAGUGCAUGACUGCAGAGAGUGGCCUGGAGAAGAUGCCUGGCUCAGAAGGUGAGGCCGAAGACAGCAUCGUGUUUAAGGAAAGGGAUGCUGCCGAACCGUUCCCCGAUGUUGCGCUUCUCGACGCCAAAUUGGCAGAGAUUCGCGACGACCCCAAUGCCAGCUCAUCAGAGAGGCGCAGAGCGAAAGAGCGAAAAGAGGACUUGAUGCGGCUGAAACGCAACACGGGCUUGCCCAUCAUUCCUAAUAUGGUGCUGGUUCUCCUCAAGUUUUUGUUGGCUACAGUGACUGCAACGUCAAACAUGCAACCGCCGCCAGCCCAGGGACCGCCCUCUGCCUCCAGCGUCUUCCCGCCUGGCCCCGGGUUCGGAAUGUCACCUGACCAGCCAUUACCGCCCUCGCUAUCCUCCGAUGAUAUUGACGUCAUGCGCCAUCGCGAGGUCACUUCCAAAGCAAUUUCUGCCAUUCUCUUGCUGCUUCUCAAGUGGUUCAAGGUCUCACAUAUCAUGAAGUUCCAUUAUUUGGGCCAGCUUUUGUUGGACUCGAACUGUCUGCUGCUCAUUCUGAAGUUGUUCUCCGUACAAGACGUUUCUCAAACCGUGAUAUCCAGAGCAGAUUGUCCAGACAACAAUUUCUUUCGAUACUGCAUGCUCAAUUUCUCGAAGAAUCCUCAGCCCGCAGAUAGCCAACAACGACCAACAAGGUACACUACGAAGAAGAGUCGCAUGCUGCCCAACGGCGAAAAGCACGAAGAGGAUAUCGACAUGGUCACCGACUUCUCAUGGCGCAACUUCUUCUCUUUGAUCAACUUUGCGAAAAUCGUUCAAAAGUUGUCUAAGAGUCGCGGACAUCGUAUCUGGCUGUUGAUCCAAUACAAGAGCUCUCCAGUGCUUAAGCGCGCACUCAAGAUCCAGCAUCCCAUGCUACAGCUGCAUAUCUUGAAGAUCAUCAAGACCAACAUGAAGAUCAUCACAUCCAUAUAUCUGAAUUGCCGGCCAGAUCUACGCGACGAAUGGCUCUCAGGCACUGAAGUUGAAGAUGCAACUGACGCGCAAGCGCAAGAGCAUGCUCUCAGGCAUCUGGUCAAGUUCUACAAUAAUAAACGAUACGGUCCGGUGGCCACCCAACACGGCCCGCAGCACCGAAGAUCGGGUAGCAUGUCGCACCAUCUCGAGGGACUGCACCCGGGGCCGGAACUAGGGCUCGAACGACAAGAUGGAACCAACAACAUCAUCAAUCCUGAUGUUUUCCCUCCGGUUCGAUCCCAGGCCGCGGACCCACGCAAUUUCCUUCCGUAUAUUACAGAAGAUAUCGCAUUUGAAGAGGAGUACGAAGACUACUUGUCCGAUCUUGGCUGGUCGGAUUCCGACCAUGAGGGCCAGCAGUUGUUUGGUGGAACAUCGGCAUGGCACAGACUUCCGUCGUAUGCGCAGGAAAUGGCCGAUGGCAUCAGCGACAGCGAGAGCAUUGUGUCCAUUGGGGAGCUCGGCGACGAUGCGCGACUGGAUCCAAGUCGUGAUGAUCCCGAAGUCGUCGACGAGAAUCUGAACAACUGGGAGCACAUGAGUCCAAAAACUAUGGCCGCUCUCCCCAAGUCUCCUGCCGGCAGGCGACGGUCGAGUCAAGGCACCGGGCUGCGACCUGUUCUGCCAUUCGGAUUGGAUGAUGGAAUUACUCAUGGCGACGAAAAUGAUUCCGAAGAUGACGACAUUGACAUUGAUGUCGACGAACUUGGCCCCAGCCCCAGGGAACAAACAAGUUUCUCGAACGGAGCCGGUGUGGAUGAAGUAGAGUAUGCGUACGGUGUUUGAGUUCGCCUGCUGUACUUAGAUAGACUACGAGAGCAUCGUCGUUGACGCGGUUAUUUAGUUCAAUGUAUUGCCUCGCAAAGCCGGAGUGAACAUCCAAAAUGAGAAAUCGUGGGCUGCACCGCCCGACGAAAGCCGGUCUAGAUAUUGUGAUUGGCAAGAAUGACAAAGACAGUCAAGGACGGCGAAAACGAUCAUUCUCGGCGGCGAGAUAACGAAGGCAAACGAAGGAAUAGAGACUCAUUGAGCGAGCUCCAGCAGUGUUUUGUUUGCGGGUUUGUUGGGAUGAGUUGUUGUUUUUGAGUGUCUUCAGCGAUUUGGCUUGGUGUUGGGGGGAGUUGACCUGAUGGCCUGCGACAUCCAACACAAGCAAAGCAAAGCAUUCGCAUUCAUCGCGCGCCCUCUAGCAUGUUUCGUGAACGACCAUAUCGACGAGGACGAUGGGCGGCCGGUUGGGGCGGGUCCGUGCGAGAUCAGCUGUCAGGUGACACGAAGCCCGGUUGACCACCUUCCUUCUGCCCCUUCACCACCUUCGUAUCGAGUUCGCCCAAAUCGUCUCCCCAAUGUCUCAACCACCGCAAGGAAUGGCACCUAUGCUCGCCGAGGGCCAGGAAAUGGCGAAUUACUACCCGGAUAAUGAUCUCACGGGUGGCCUCCCCAUCAACCUCGACUCGCUGCGCGAUGGCCCACCAGGAAGCAAGCCUUUCUAUCCGUACUCCACUCUUAUUCGCUAUGCCAUCAAAGGUUCUCCGAACCAGAAACUCCUUCUCGAGGAUAUUUACUAUGCCAUCGAGUCUCGUUUCCCCUAUUUCCGCACUGCUCCCAACGGAUGGAAGAAUUCCGUCCGGCACAAUCUUUCACUGAACCCCUGCUUUGAGAAAGUCCCUCGUCCGUUGACUGACCGCGGCAAAGGCUCCUAUUGGACCGUGAACGACAAUGUGGAUCCGCGGACUGGUGUUCAUCGUGUACGCAAGAAGAAGACGAAGGGUUCGAAGCGAGGCGUUGGCGAGGAUGAGGAUGGGGAGUUUAGACCAGCCGAGGGCUCUUUUGAUGAGGCUCAGUUUGCCGAGCCACAAGUCGACGAGAAUGGCAACCCUCGCCCAGCACCUUAUCCUCCCUUCCCUCCCCACUUCAACCCCAACUUUCCCAUGAUGGACAUGCGUUUCCCGAUGCCGAUGCCAAUCGACGAUACGUUUGAACUGGAUGAGACCGGACAAGUCAACUGGCGUCUUGCCUGGUUGAAGGAGAUAGGGCAUCUGCAGUCGCUUACCGCUGAGCACGAGAAAGCUAAUGUGGAUCCGGAGUGGUAUCGACUGAUGUUGUACCGAGUCCGGUCUGCGUUCCUCGCGCCGCUCCCGGAAACUAUUAUUGGGGUUCCUAUUUCUGCUCCGCCUGCGGUUGUUGCAGAGCAGCAGCCUCCUCCGCAGGCUUGAUGGACAGAACUUUAACAUACCGAGUGUCUUAUUUGUAUCAUCGAAUAUCGUCUGAAAAGUUGCAUGGUCAAUUGUCCACGCUACUACUCGUUACUAAUGCGGACCCUCCUGUUUAGCAAGAGUAACCAUGCCAAGGCUAUCAAAGUCGAUGACAGAGAUUACAAAUCAAUGCUGACUUCACUUGAAAUUCUUGCUUCUCACGAGUCAGCAUGUCCCCCGCUCUGGAUCUUACUUCCCCCAGUCUUUUCACUUCGUCGUCGACUCCCCUCGUCAAAGGAAUGGCCCUCGCAAUUGGCUCUCCAUCUACUGCCCAGGAUGGGCAAUAUCAAACUCUCAUUGCUGACCUGGAGAGUUCGCGAAAGGUGGACAAGCAGAUGCUGGACAGACUAGUCGAUCAAGCUACAUUCCUGGACGCUUCCUCCUACGCAGGCGUGCACAUUACACUCACGGCGCGCGAAUACGAGGACCUGAGCUCGGUUCCCGCGCAAACCCAAAAGCUUUUGAAGCAACUGCAGGAGUCGAUGCAGCCGUCGGCAACCCUCCAUGUCUACGGCCUGUCACAGAGCUCUGGGCUGAGGGCCGAGAUCGAAAAGGCGGGUUUUACGUCGCUUUCGGACGCAGCCGAUACCACGGCAUUCAUUGCGCAGAAGCCCGCGGCGGACGCCACCGCUGCUGUGCCGCUCCUGCGGAAGAGGAAGACGGACCCCGCGACGAAGAAGGCGCUGUGGACGCUGAACGCACCGGCGACGCCGCCCAUUGACGCGGAGGCGCUGCUGACUGAUGCAGACCGGGCCCGUCCCGUGCCGACGUGCGACCCCGCCGUCGCGGGUGCACCGCGGCGGAAGCGCGCGUGCAAGAACUGCUCCUGCGGGCUGCGGGAGCUGGAGGAGGAGGAGGCGAGGACGGGCAAGGUGGUGAUGAUCGACGGGACGAUCGAUGGAGAGGCCUCGGCCGUUUCGCAGGAGGAGCGGGAGCGGCUGAUUAGUGCGGCGAAGGCGGCGCCGAAGGCUACUAGCAGUUGCGGGAACUGCUUCCUCGGCGACGCUUUCAGGUGCGCGAGCUGCCCUUACCUUGGGCUUCCGGCUUUCAAGCCCGGCCAAAAGGUCGAGAUUGACUUUGGUAUGGACGACAUCUGAGUAGUAUCAUAGAGUAGCAUGUAUAUCAAUAAUUCGAGCUGUAUUAUCUUGCACACACAUAAAAAAUCGACCAAUAUAGCUCGGAAGUUAGCAGUACCC